UUCUCUGCAUUCUGGAAAAUGGGUCGUCGCCAAAACGAUUCAGAUUUUGGUAGGUUCGCUCUUUUCGCCCUCUUCUUGAUUGGCACAAUCUCCUGCUCCGCGGUGUACCUUUUCCUUUCCGUGAUCUUGAGACCCAACAGUGAAUCUCUGCCUUCGGCGGAAGAUGAGGGUCCAAAAGAAGAGCAAUGUUGCAGAGGGGUUGAGAAUUUGGAGCUUUGGGGUGAGGCUGUCAAAUGGGGUUCUGAAUUUGUUUUGAAUUCCUCCGAAGAAUGUUGCAUGGCGUGUAAGAGAAUGUGUAACGGUGAGGGAGGGCCCUGUUUGUGUAAUUCCUGGGUUUAUUGUGGAGAUAGAGAGGCGUGUGGACCUAGAUUUGGUGAGUGUUGGUUAAAAAAGCAACAGGAUGCUUUAAAUCCCGAUCGACGAGACUCGGGAGAUCUUGUAAUGUGGACUUCUGGGUUGGUCUUUCGUAAGGGAGAGGAAAUCGUUGGUAUGGAAACGGACCAUGGAAUUCUUCGUAUAAAACUUUUACCCGAAUGCGCACCAAAUUCUGUCUUCUACAUUCUUGAGCUCUUGGCACUGCCUCACUGUAUUGGUUGUCAGAUUCAUAGAGCUGAAAGCCGAGGAAGCUUUUGGGAUUCAAAAGGAAAUCACAUAAAAAGGACUCCAUAUGGUCCUCCUUUUGCACUUAUUCAAGGAACAUUGGAAUCCCAUGGGUCUAUUUUCAAGGAUAUUCCAAAAGAGUACUGCCCUACCGUAAGAAGAGGAUCUGUAGCAUGGGUUGGUUCUGGUCCAGAAUUCUUCAUCAGCCUUGCGGAUCACGAGGAAUGGAGAAAUCCAUACACCGUUUUUGGCUAUGUUCUAUCUGAGGAUAUGGAAGUCUUAGAGAAAAUUUCUCAGCUUCCAACUAAAUCUGAAAUCUGGAAUAGCAUUAAGAUCUCUAUCUUGGAGAACCCAGUUUCAUUACGUUUUCGAAGAAUGAACACAAAGUCUUGAAUCCUCAGUUUCAUUGAUUUGUUCUUUCAAAAUUUUCCUUAUUUGUUAAGUGAUAAGGGGUUCAAUAUGGAUCUUGGGCUCAAGUUGCUUUCAGCCAUUCUAGCUGAUUGCAAAUCAAAUAGAGUAGAGUGAGUGAGUAUACAAGUUUUAUAGGUAUGUCUGUGGAUAUUUCGUGCUUCUGUUAUUUCAUAUUUCCUUGCACAUAACAUAGUGUUGAAGAAAGGGCAGCAUCAUUCUCAUCAUCGUAGACAACAAAAGCAUACUGGAAAUGGGAUUAUGUCCCAAGAUACUAGCUGAUGACACCCAUUUGCAGGCAUUAUUGUGUGCUACAAAAUUAGUGAACAUUUCUUCAUUCACCAUCAGAUUAGGUGGACCCAUAGAACAGAAUAAUUGACUCAUUGUAUUGAAGUUUGUGCCUUGCACUUCUUGCCUUUCAUCACACAAAAAUAUUUUUUGAAGUUUUAGUA